AUGCCAGAACUUUUAAAACAGGAAUUGGAGGAAGGAAUCUUACUUGGUUGUGGGAAUCCGUUGCUUGAUUACCAAGCACGUGUUACCAAAGAAUUCUUAGAUAAAUGGAAGUUGAAAGAAAACGAUGCAAUACUGCUGGAUGAUGAUCGAGCAUCUAUAUUUGAUGAACUAGAAAAAAAUUUUGAAGUUCAGUUGCUUCCCGGUGGCGCAACGCAGAACGCUCUACGGGUCUGUCAGUGGGUCUUGAACAAACCGAACUGCACUGUUUUCUUCGGCGCAAUUGGUGAUGAUAAGUAUGGCAAAACGUUGAAACAGAAAACUACGGAAGCGGGUGUGAAUGUUCAGUAUCAAGUGAAUUCGAAUGCUAAAACGGGUACAUGUGCUGCAAUGUUGUACAAAGAACACAGGUCACUAUGCGCUCAUCUCUCCGCAGCCAAUACGUUCACCGAAGAUCAUUUAGAUAAGAUCGAAAAUCAGCAGAUCAUUGAAAAAGCACGAUAUUAUUACAUAUCAGGUUACUUUAUAACUGUUUGUCCACCAGCUCUGAUUCGGAUAGCUAAGCAUUCAUAUGAAAAAGAGAAGACUUUCAUGAUGAACCUCUCAGCACCAUUUGUACCAAAAUUUUAUAUGAAAGUCUUGAACGAAGUGUUGCCAUAUGUUGACGUUUUAUUUGGAAAUGAAAGUGAAGCAGUGUCAUUUGCAGAAGCGUUUAACUUUGGUACGAAAGAUAUUGUAGAAAUUGCACGCCGAAUUGCUGACUGGCCAAAAAAGAAUACCAAAACGCAACGAAUGAUUGUAUUUACACAAGGUGCUGACCCGACUUAUGUUGUCUACGGCACUACAGUACUAAAAUUUCCGGUCCAAAAGCUACUUCCAUCAGAAAUGGUUGACACGAAUGGUGCUGGCGAUGCGUUUGUUGGAGGAUUUUUAGCGCAAUAUAUUCAAGGAAAAUCAAUUGAGGAGUGCAUCCGAUGUGGGCAGUUCACGGCAGUAACGGUGAUUAAGCAAAGCGGAUGCACUCUUCCAGCAGUUUGUUCAUACACGUCAUCUUAA